AUGGCGCCUCGGCUCUCAACUAGCUGAGACACAGUCAUAACGAAGGCAGCUGAUAACUAAAGGACAUUACCCGUUUAUCAGCGGGGACAGACAGCAAUCAUGGUGAACACUAGAAAGAGCUCGGAGCACAAGGUAAAUAGUCCCUUCAUCUCGGGCCGGACGCGGUCGUCUCAGAGGAACAACCCAAACUUGGACGAGCACAACAGCCGUGUAAGGAAGAGAGAGACACCGGCUCCUUAUUCUCUUCGCCAGCCGAAGGAGACCAAUAGUGAUGUUAACAGCAGUAGCCCUCAUUUGUCCCCACCGCCAAAGCGGACACGCAGACAGACGCCCCCGAGUUCAACCGAUACUUCCCCAAGCCCCAAAAGUAAAGGCCAGAGAGGCCCAUGGAACAUGCCCAGACACUGUACAAGAUUUUCACUGUCUUCCAGGUUGUCAACUGGUGCCUUGCAGAAUGGACACCGCCGAUUGAACCUGCAGGGUGAUACUACAUCAGUUGGGGACCACGGUCACAUGAACGGUCAUGUUGAGCUCAAAAGAAGCCGUCGCAUCAGGAAGAGCCAAUUUGAACACCUCAAUCAGAGUUUACUUUUCGACCAGCUUGUCAACAGUACGGCAGAAGCAGUUCUUCAAGAGAUGGACAACAUCAGCAGCAUUCGUCAGAAUCGGGAAGUGGAGCGCCUCCGCAUGUGGACGGACACAGAACUGGAAAACAUGGACAUGUACUCUCGCGUGAAGAGGAGGAAAUCGAUGCGGAGGAACACAUUUGGAAUGCAGAACCAUCACAAAGCCCUCGGCAAAUCGAAGAACCCUGAAGAGGAGGAAGGAACUGAAGAGUCUCACGAUGAGGGAGAGGAGGAUGAAGAUGUGGAGGCAGAUGAUGAUGAUGAUGGAGACGAGGCAGAAGAAGCUGAAGAGGAGAACGACAGACCUUAUAACCUCAGGCAGCGUAAAACUGUGCAGCGAUAUGAAGCUCCACCAAUAGAGCCAGUGAAUAGGAAGCAAAGCAAGGGCAGCCUCUUUGACACACACAGAUCUCCUGCAAGAAGAAGCCAUAUUAGAAUUAAGAAACAUGCAAUUCACAGUAGUGAAUCAACAUCAUCAUCUGAUGAAGAGCGCUUUGAGAGGAGGAAAAGCAAUAGCAUGAGCCGAGCUCGUAACAGGUGUCUACCCAUGAACCUGCUGGCAGAAGAUCUGGCCAGCGGUGUAUUUAGGGACCGUGUGAAAGUGGGCGCCAGUUUGGCGGAUGUGGAUCCCAUGAAUCUGGACACUUCUGUGAAGUUUGAAUGUGUUGGAGGUCUUACCCAUCAUAUCCAGUCUUUGAAAGAGAUGGUUGUCUUUCCUCUUAUAUAUCCAGAAGUGUUCGAGAAGUUUAAAAUACAGCCCCCGAGAGGAUGCCUGUUUUAUGGGCCUCCAGGAACAGGAAAGACGCUAGUUGCACGGGCUUUGGCUAAUGAGUGCAGUCAGGGGGACAGGAAGGUGUCUUUUUUCAUGCGCAAGGGUGCUGACUGCCUCAGCAAAUGGGUGGGAGAGUCAGAGCGACAACUCCGACUACUUUUUGACCAGGCAUACCUCAUGAGACCCUCCAUCAUCUUCUUCGAUGAGAUUGAUGGUCUCGCUCCUGUACGCUCCAGUAGACAGGAUCAAAUUCACAGCUCGAUAGUGUCCACAUUACUGGCAUUGAUGGAUGGUUUGGACAGUCGGGGGGAGAUAGUGGUCAUCGGUGCUACUAACAGACUCGACUCUAUCGAUCCCGCACUCAGGAGGCCCGGACGCUUUGACCGGGAGUUUCUGUUCAACCUGCCUGAUAAAAAGGCUCGAAAGCACAUUCUACAAAUCCACACCAGGGACUGGAACCCCAAGUUAGCUGAACCCUUCAUAGAUGAGCUAGCUGAGAAAUGUGUCGGUUACUGUGGGGCCGACAUCAAAGCACUUUGCACAGAGGCUGCGCUAGCGGCCCUGCGGCGGCGCUAUCCUCAGAUCUACGGCAGCAGCCAGCGUUACCAGCUAGAUGUGGGCUCCAUUGUUUUAGGGCCACAAGACUUUGGCCGUGCCCUGUGCUCCAUAGUACCUGCAGGCCAGAGGACCCUUGCUCCUCCCGGUCAGGCUCUCUCCUGUGUGUUGAGACCCUUGCUGGAGCCCACGCUGGCUCAAACGCUAGCCUGCCUGAUGCGAGUCUUCCCCCACGCAGAGCUGCUGCACAGGGAACACACACAUGACACUGACAAUCAUCUGUUGGCGGAGGACUCGUACAGCGAGGACGAGGAGUGUCUUGGUGCUCCUUCUAUAUAUGAAACUCAGUCAGGAUCCACAAAGAAAGCGGCUUCAUCUACGACCCAUAAACCUUUUCUCCACUUUAGCAUUUCUGCCUAUCAGCAGCCCACCUCUUACCGGCCGCGGCUGCUGCUCACGGGGCCUCAGGGUGCGGGGCAGAGCACACACUUGGCCCCUGCUGUGCUGCAUCACCUGGAGAAGUUCACUGUGCACCGUCUCGAUCUUCCCACGCUGUACUCAGUCAGUGCCAAAACCCCAGAGGAGUCCUGCGCUCAGGUGUUUCGUGAGGCUCGGCGUUGUGUCCCUAGCGUGAUCUACAUGCCUCACAUCAGUGACUGGUGGGAAGCCAUCAGUGAGACUGUGAAGAGCACCUUCCUCACACUGCUGCAGGAUGUGCCCUCAUUCACCCCACUCCUCAUCCUCUCCACAGCAGAGACUGUCUACCAGCAGCUUCCAGAUGAGCUUAAGUGCAUCUUCAGUCGUUCACACGGGGAGGUGGUUUGUUUAACCACACCGGGGGAAGAAGCUCGCAGGAGAUUCUUUUCGGACCUCAUUUUGGUGCAGGCAGCAAAGGCGCCACCCCGCAGGAGAAAAACAGUGUGCGCUCUUGAGGUGCUGCCCCUCUCUGAGGACCCUGGCCCUCGACAGCUCUCUACAGAAGAGCAGAGGCGACUGGUUGACCAGGAGGAGAACACCUUGCGCGAGCUCCGCCUCUUUCUCAGGGAUGUCACAAAGCGGCUCGCCACUGAUAAGCGCUUCCUCAUCUUCAGCAAGCCUGUGGACAUUGAAGAGGUUUCGGACUACCUCGAGGUGAUCAAGCAACCUAUGGAUCUGUCCACCAUCAUGCUGAAGAUAGACACUCACAAGUAUACUGUCACCAAGGAUUUUCUAGCGGAUAUUGACCUCAUUUGCAGCAACGCGUUAGAAUACAAUCCAGACAAGGACCCGGGAGAUAAAAUCAUCCGCCAUAGAGCCUGCAGCCUGAAGGACACGGCACAUGCCACGAUCGCCUCUGAGUUAGACACCGAGUUUGACCACAUGUGCGAGGAGAUCAAGGAGUCCCGCAGAAAGAGAGGCUCUCAGACCACACCGCAGCCACCCGUUAUUCCAAGCGCUUUGGUGACCAGGAAGCCUACAGGAGAAGAGUUGGGAUUAUGCAGUUCUCAGGGUGAUGGAGUGGACAGGCACUGCAGCAAUAGCAUAAAACGCAAACUGCGGAGGCGACCAAUAUGGGGGCGGGGCAUCAUCAGGAAGAAAAAGAUUCAUAAAAAUAAGGAAGCAGAAGAGGUUGAAGACCCAGAGGAGGAGGAGGAGGAGGAAGAGGAGGAGGAGAGGGUAGAUGACUCUACUGCAACCGCACAAGGUGACGCUUGUUUCACUCAGGACGAGUCUUCCUGCGACAUCAUGGAGCUCCAUGUCAACAAACAGCCGCUCCAGGCCAACGGACAUGCCCUCUCCACAGAGGAGGAGAAUUCCUGUGAGCCUACAGUUGCUCCAGACUCUAAGGUCCAGGAGGAGCCCAGCCAGGCCUCCUUGGGGGAGGACUCCAUCGGUAAGGAGACGACAGAUGACGCUGCGGUCCCUGCACCUCAGGAGUUUGUGAAUGGAGACAAGUCUAUGGACAGUGUGGACAGUGAGGCACAUGGUAAAGAAACAGAGGGAGGUGAAAGGGAAGUGACUGCAGAUUUGUGCUUGGGUAAAGAAGUUGCACUUGAUUUGAAACAGGAGAUGCAGAAAGAAUCAUCUGCCCCAGAAUGCAAUGCAAAGGAGUCUGUGACUGCAGUGGAGGGAAUGGUGUGUGAUGGAGAACAUGAAAAAGGAGUAUCAUCAAAAGGGAAGAAAUGUGGAAAAUAUCCAUCUGAACAGAAGCAGGAGGUGUUGACUGACAGACAUGAGGAACCUCCACAGUUUCUACCACCUCCUGAUCUUGUGAUUGACCAUCAGCAGCUUCAGAGUCUAUUGGAGCAGGUGGUUUUGAAGAGUGAACGCUUCAGUGUGGAUCAUCUAGAGAGACUGUACUCCAUGCUCAGCCAGUGUAUUUACCAUUACCGCAGAGAUUACGACAAGACUCGCCUUAUAGAGGCGAUGAAGAGGCAAGUUCAGCAUUUCGAAACAUUCCUGUGAUUAAAAGAGGGCUUUAUGGGAGACCUGUAAUCUGAGACUUUUUUUGAUACUCAAGUGAGAGGCCAGCGUUCUGUGCCAAGUCCCUAUUGUGGAGUAGGUCUGGACGUCUCGGUCUAAAAUGACAACGGGGAAGAAAAAAAAAGGUGCAGAAAAUUGAAACAAAGGCUAACAGAGGCGACCUUGGUGCUAUCAUCUCAGGUACCUGGACAGAACCAGUCUACAGAACCAAACACAAAAACUGUAGGUUUUGUUUUCUUUUGUUCGUUUUGUAAACUUACAUGCCAAUUGCUGAUGAACGUUCUUGGUGCUAUUGGGUGCUGUUGUUUUUUGUCUGCUGCUCCUCAUUCUCCUCAUUAAUAAGCAAACAGAAACACAAACGAACUGUACAAAAUAAAAGAUUGUGAUGUCACAGUACAACCUCAGCCGGCGUCUGAUGGAAGCAAACACACUACACAUAUUCUCACCAGUAGUGGCAAAACUGUACAAGUAUGGCAUGAAGCUCUAAAGGUCUAGUCAGUUGGUUAUUUACUGUGGAAACAAAAGUACAAAACCCAUUUUCUAUGUCCAUCCUCUCCCUGUCACGACCCCUGUGUUGUCACACCUUGUCAUCAAGAUGAUUAUUUAAAACUUCUUACCUAAAAAAAAGAAAAAAACGUUUUCUAGGGAGUUUGUGACAAAUUAUCCUGCAGGAUUGUAAUUGUUUUCUACUGGAUGUUAUUGUAAGAUUCCAAGGCUUCUGUAUUAUUAACCUAGAUUUCCUAGUCAAAAAUGUCCUCCUCUUAAUACUAUUUGCCCCUAUAAUCUGUUUUAAUAGAAAACAAACUAAAAUAAAUUGAGAGUUUUUAACUUUUAAUUGUAUAAAAUAGAUCUUUAGACGAAAUAAAUGAAAUUUAAGACCCAUUGCAAAUUUUCACUUUAGGACUAGUUCAUAGUUUUUUUUUUGUAUAUUUGUUUGUUGUGGCAUUUUUUUCCUGCUAUAACUGGAUUUAAAACUAGAUAUCUGGCGAUUGGACUGCCUAGUAUGUGCCUUAACCUCUAAAAUAGUAUCUUACAAGCUGAAGAACAUUGCAGACCAUCCAUUUUUUUAAAAGCCACUCUCCUGCAGCUUUAAAACAAUUUAUUGAACGCAAUCCACGACCGUGUUUGUUGUCUCGCCGUUUUAGAUACGUGACGUGUUUGAGUUCAGUCGUUUGCCAGUCUUUUCUCAACGUCACCAACCAUGUCACGCACAAACCUCUUCCUGGUUUGUGUGAGUCAGGUACCUUGCCCAACUCCAUUGUACAUUGUGAUUUUCUUCUUCAAUAUCGCCAUGCGUUAUUGUAACUUCACAUCACAACAUUGGAGUGAAAAGAACGAAAACCGUUAAAGGAAACAUUGGAAUUGCAGACUAGGCAGUGCAGAAUUUUUUAACAUCUAAAGCAUUACUAUUUUUUGUUUUUUAUGUUUUAGUUCGUCCUUGAUAGUGUUUACUUUUUUGCUAACUUGUACAGUCUAAUGUUGUGCUAAAUCCUUAGUUGUUAGCUAACGCAUUAAAGGGUUAGUUCACCCAAAAAAUUACAAUUCCGUCGUCAUAUACUCAUCCUCAUCUCAUCUUAGUUUCAUCGGUGGAACACAAAAGGUCACUAUUCACUUUUAUUGUAGGGACAACGGGUGACUGAGGUUAUCAGUAUAAUUAACUCUUUUCUUGUUCAAUGGAAGAAAGUAAUAUGGGGUUGAAAUUGCAUGAGGGUGGGUAAAUUAUGACAAAAUUGUCACUUUAGGUUGAACAAACCGUUUAAUAAUAUGAUUUCAGUCUAAUUUUGACAGUGUAAGUAGUACUCAAUUCUCCCUCUCAAAUGUUCUCUUUUAGUUUUUUUGUAAAGAACGUUGAUCCAGUUCAAGAGUUGACCUUGUCUAGGAUUCGGUGCUAUAAAAAAAGGAGAUAAAAAGAAAAAAAAAAGAAACAUUUCUUUUCUAAGACAUAUGCAAGGGGGAAAAAAUGAGUUAGCUUUGGACUACUGCAGUACGUUUGAGAGAGACAGAACCACAGCUACCUCAGCAAGUUGUUUUCAUGUGAAGAGAGAAAAGUAAUGACCUGUUUACUGACAAACAGUAUUUGUUGACCUCUGUAAAAUCAAUUCACCCUUUCAGAAAUUCAUGCUAAGGUACUGGAUCACCUCUCGGACGUGAACGAACGUGUCAUGCGGCAUUUAUCCUAGGGUUUGUUUGAAUUUUGAAUUUGUAUUUCUUUUUUGGGUUGUACUGCUUUUGAGCCGAGAAAAGAAAUGGCAUUUUGAUAUUGGUGAAAUGUUAUAUACUGUAUAUUUCAGUUUUUCUACAUUUGCAUCCCAUGCUUACUUUUUUGAUUUGAUAUUAGUAUUUUCGAAUACGGGCCAUAUUCAUGUGUUGUUAUUUUUCUAUUAUGUCCUAUCUCUUAUGUUUUGCUUUCUGCCUUUAGUCCGCUGUUUUGUUUUCAAGUUUCGCAAUAGUAGUCACAUUUUCUUGCAUUUUCCUUCAUUCUGUAACAGACAGUUUAUUUAUUAAAUUAUUAAACAUGGUUUUCAACAUUAAUAUGUUCAACAUUUUGUAAAACGUUUUUUAAAAGGAGACUAAUUGGAAAAAUGUUACACGGCUUAUGAUAUAUGUGCCGAGACACAAUGUAGCACAUUUUUGUAGCAGGUGCUUUGCGACAUUUAGAAACAGGGGGUCUAACUGAUCUCAGGUCUGCUACAUUAAUUAACCUAUUUAUUCCAUAAAGAGUGGAAAGGCUUCUUUUUCAUUUUAAAGUGUUACUAUUUAGGUUGAGAGUGAGGUUUAUGUGCGGCUAUUGUGUGUUUUAUGGUCCCUUUGUCAAAAAAUUUAUGAAAAAAAAAAGACCUACUGUAAUGCUGGCCACUUGUGUUUAUCUCACAAAUCUGGGGGGUAAAAAGUAUUAGUUGGCAUUUCUGCUAAUUUUCCACUCUGUGUUCACCUAAGUAUCCUGCUAUCAGUUAAAAUGUCAACGGUAUUUGAUAAGAUGUAAAAUUGGCCGUAAAUUUAAAUAAAACCUUUGUGGACACAGCUUGGAAAUAAAAUGCAGCAUUAAUGAAAAACAUAUUUUUAGCAAUUUAACAAGUAACACUUAAAUCCAGCAUUACAAUAUUAUAAUGGGGGCAUGAAAGAUAUGUGUAAUUACAAGUUAACGUUCCAUUAGUUGACCUGAGCUUAAAGAUUGCUCUUUUAAUGAGCUUAGGAUGUUAGUAUUUUGCCUAAUAUAGAUGUUAUGAAACAAAACCCCGUUUUUCAGUGUAAUUACAGGAUAAGUUCUGGAUCGGAAAUGUACAUUACAUGUACGUUACAAGUCAACACACAUUUCUGGAGAGGUUUGCAACGUUAAAUUCUUUGUCAAUAUUUUUAGUUAAUUCCAUCUAAUCAGUCAUUUCUACCCCUUUACUUACAAAUUUACAAGGUUGAGGGAAUCUAAUUUUUUUGUAUAAUACCAGAAUUUGUGUCCUUUUUAUUUACUACUAAUCAAAUCAAAACCACAUGUCCUUCCUUGCAGUCCUCCUUUUGUGAAAGUCCUCUUGGAAAUGAUAUAUUUACUGUUUCUGAAAUAAACUGCUGUGAUAUACUUGAAUAAA